AUGCUGGCGCCUCUAGUGGCGGUUCUGGCGCUCGUCAGCGCGGCGUCGACAUCAGCUCAGGUCCCGCAUAUCGUCGGCGGCACCAACGUGUCGAUCGAACUCGUGCCGUGGCAGGUGUCCGUCCAGAUAGGAGACACACACUUCUGUGGUGGUUCCAUCAUCAGCAAGUCCUGGGUGCUCACUGCGGCCCACUGCAUCCGUAUAUAUUUCAGUUACCGGAUUCGCGCCGGCACCGCCAACUUGAGAACAGGCAGGCUAUACGACGUCAUAGAGAAAAAGAUACACGAGAGGUACAACAUGCUGGCGUACGACUGUGACGUGGCGGUCUUGAAAAUACGGGGAGAGUUUCGGCUGGGAAAGAAGGCCAAGAUAGUGCCUCUGGCAACCUCCCGUCCGCAGGCGGGUGCUUCAGUGAUGGUGUCUGGGUGGGGGGCGAUGGUGGAGGGGGCCAGCACGACCAACUUCCUGCGCGCCACCACUGUGCAGGUGGUCUCCCUGAGCGAGUGCCGGAGCUGCUACUUCAGCGAGGCGCUGACGAGCAACAUGGUGUGCGCCGCGGUGCCCUCUGGAGGCAAGGACGCGUGCCAGGGCGACAGCGGCGGCCCCCUCGUCCACGGCAAGAAACUCGUCGGAGUCGUCUCCUUCGGCAAGGGCUGUGCGAGACCCUACUAUCCGGGCGUCUAUGCGGACGUGGUUUCACUACGCAGCUGGAUCACCGAAAACACCGGCAUCAAAUAA